AUGAAAAAGUCGAUACCGGGGACAUGCGUGAACCGACUUAAACCGACUUCCUCAUGCGAUGUUGCUCAUCGCACGGACGUCGCCGAGGCAAUUGGGCAAGAAGUUUACCUUGAGACGAAAUUUCAGAUAGGCGGGCCAAACAUCGAAAGGUCAACGAUUUACACGCGGAGGUCACUGUUUGCCGACCACACAACCGGUCCUACGGUCGACCUUUCGUUUUACGGCAUUGCAGCCGACGUCUUUAAUCUCGUUUCGCCGACGUCACCAUUAAGACCAUUGCUCGUAGUCCACCUUACCGAAAACCGUUUUCCUUUGGAUCCCCCAGAGUCAUUACCAAUGGCCGAAUCGCCCCCAGAGGUUCCUUCGACAAAAACUGCUUCACCUGUUCGCAAAAUUCUUUUCAAAAGCGACUAUGUAAAGACGAUCCGUGGACGAAUGAAAAUUGCUGAAAUGGUGUUCGCCGUCGUAACGUUCAUCUGUGCCGUUUGCCUGCCGAAAAUGUACAGCGAAGUCAUUUGGAGUGCCUGUGUUUCUUUCUUUGGGUUCGCCUUUACGCUUGCCUACACCGCGCUCCGUUCAGUGCAAAUGCCUGAAAAUUUCAGCAGAUGCCAAUGCAGCUGUUUCGGAUUCACUCGCAAGUACUCCCUCAGUGCUGUCUCCCCAGUGGACGUAAGUUUAGCCAUCAAUCAAUCAAGUUCAUAUGCUCUGGCAGUGAUGAUUACCAUAAACUCAAAAUGAAA